AUGUGCUUCAUCAAGCCCAUUUCGCUGCUGUCUCAACUGCCCCAUCGACACCUCAAGACGUCUUUGGAGUUGCCCGGCGUUGCCCGGUGCCAUGGCGGCGCGAUUCCCGGGAACGUGGCUUUGUCCCUUGGUUUCAGCACUUGGCUGUUUCUGGGUGUUGCUGAUAAGAAAGCUGCAGAGGAACUACCGGAGAUGCUGGCGAAGAUUCGCUCCGGUGAAUUUGACAACAACUUCUUUGAUGGCGAUUGCCUCGUGAAGACGCCAACCAAUGAGAAAGAAGCUGCCGCAGGGUGCAUUCUGGACAAGGUUGGUGCGAUAGUCAUGGAACAAGGAGUUCAAGACUUCGUGAAUGACUUGCAGGUUGACUUGGCUGCUUGCUGCACCAAGGACGCAGACGACUGUUUGACUGAUUUGGGUCCAGCAUAUUCAAUGCUGACGACCGUCAACAACCACAAGGCCGCUGCAGACUCAGUGGCUUCUGCAGUGGCGUUCCACCUGCUGCGUGCAGUUGAGAAGCGGAUCUCGCAAAACAUGAUCCGGGUCCGCACUGCGGGAAUAUCUACCUGGCAGAUUCGGACUUCUGCAGGCGCGGACGCAGACGACGCAGCGCCUUCCGAUGGCGCCGCGUUGCGCCGGUGGGAGGUCGAGACUGAAGAUGGAGACGUUGCUCGUGCCAUUCGCCUGAAUGCGGAUGUUCGUGCUUUGCAGUUCUUUGUGAGGGAGGAUGGUUCAUCUCGCUUCCCAGAUCAUAUGUUCCGCUUCGCUGUUAAGCACUGCGGGCAGAAGAGAGAGGACAUGGAUCCCUUUCGGCAAUUCUGCUCCGAAGUGGUCUCCAACGUCUCCGAAAGUUUGUGCGUGCAUUACGAGAGAGAAAUCGCGCAGCUCACCUCCGACUUGGUCUUCUGCCGCUCGCAGCUCUCGCGCUGCGCGGACCUUUUGGCGCAACAGCUUGAUAAAGAGAAGACCUACAGGGACAUCAUCCAGAAGCUUUCCGAGAGCAGCUUGAAAGUGGUGCAAAGCAAACCACCGGGCUUGGAUGAGUCCGUGAAGCAGCAGCUGCAUGAGAUGCUCGAGGCCAUGCACUUACAGAGCUCUUCCCUUAUCGAAGAUGGCUUUGGUCAGUUGCACGAGCACAAGCGCCUGGCAGAGACACACUUGAUGACCUCGGCGGAGCUUCAAAACCAGGGCGAAGCCAUUCGGAAGGAGUUGGAUGCGAUCCUGGAGCUCCUGAAGGAGCCACCGGUGCGCGUGGCAAAGGCCCCCAUGUUAGGAGGCCAUGGGCAAUACACUUCACAGGCCGUGACGCCUGCUCCCUGCGUCGGCACCAGUGCGCUCAAGCUGCCGUCGCAGGUCCAGUGUGCGGACCCACCGCAGGUGACCGCGUUGACGGCGCCGGCGCGUCAGGGCUUCACAGGUGGCCAGAGUGCUGCAACACUCAAGCCUGGCCUUGGUGGUGUCAAGCAGUGGGAGGCGAAGGUCAACGCACUGCCGCCACCGAGCAUGAUGAGGUACCAACUGCCUGCCAAGACAUAG